AUGGCUGAUAAACAGAUCAGUUUACCUGCCAAGCUGAUCAAUGGAGGGAUAGCUGGGCUGAUUGGAGUCACCUGUGUGUUUCCCAUUGACCUGGCAAAAACUCGCCUGCAGAACCAGCAGAAUGGCCAGCGGAUGUACACCAGCAUGUCUGACUGCCUCAUUAAAACAAUUCGGUCGGAAGGCUACUUUGGCAUGUACAGAGGGGCUGCAGUGAACCUGACUCUAGUGACACCAGAAAAGGCUAUCAAACUGGCAGCCAAUGACUUCUUCCGGCAUCACCUCUCCAAAGAUGGGAAAAAGCUGACACUGCUGAGGGAGAUGCUGGCGGGCUGCGGUGCAGGUACCUGUCAGGUGAUUGUCACCACUCCCAUGGAGAUGCUCAAAAUCCAGCUGCAGGAUGCGGGGCGAAUUGCGGCACAGAAGAAGCUGAUGGCAGCGCAGGCUCAGCUCUCCUCUGCAGCGGGGGCAGCGGAGCCAGCAGUGGAAACGCGCACCACAGCAAUGCAGAUAACAAGGGAGCUGCUGCGGAGCAAAGGCAUCGCGGGACUCUACAAAGGCCUGGGAGCCACGCUGCUAAGGGAUGUCCCGUUCUCCAUCGUUUACUUCCCACUGUUUGCAAACCUGAACAAGCUGGGCCAGAAAGACCCCAAUGUCAAGGCUCCGUUCUACGUGUCCUUCCUCUCCGGGUGUGUGGCUGGCAGUACGGCUGCAGUGGCUGUCAACCCUUGUGAUGUGAUCAAAACACGGCUGCAGUCCUUGCAGAGAGGAGUGAACGAGGACACCUACUCGGGAAUCCUGGACUGCACCAAGUAA